UUUCUUCUAAUCUUCUUCCUCCUUCACGCUUUGUUAAAAUUCUCUUCUUUUAUUUCUGAUACAAUCUUUUUUCCCUAUUUUAAAGAUUCUUUAGCUCUGUUUAACAUAUCUUUAGCCACUUCUCAGAUCCUUCAGUUUUCUCCAUAUUUUCUCUAAAUUUGGAUUCUUCACGGGUUAAUGAAUCCAAAGUAUUUGUCGUUAAGGAGCACAAGACGCUCCAGAUAUCUCUUUGCAUCCACUUUGAAUGUUCUAAUAAAAGGAUUUUAUCCUAGAGAUGUUGUCAGAUACGCUGGCAACUAAGCUUUUACAAAGUUGAAGUCUGUGUUGUUGUGUUGAUGCUUUAUAAGAUGGACCGAGAAGAUACAUCAGGGUUUGUAAGUGGAGGGGGAGCGUCAUCGGAAUUUCUUAUUUUCCUAAUUUGUUUUUGAUAUAUAUACCAUACCAGUCAUGUAUUAAAGAUUUUUCAUUAAGGUGGGCCUCUUGUUCCUUAAUCUUAUAGUUUGCAGCUUUUAGAAAGCUUAUGGAUUUGAAUAAGAAUGUGCAGUUUUCUCAUGUAUCUGAACUCUCAAAAAAUGAAAAAUUUGGUGAUACCACCCUAUGCCUGAACUUUCUUGGUCACGGAGGAAGCAAUAAGGCCAGAUUUGGAACUACUCAAAACGAUCUACAUGCUGAUCUUUCUAAUGCACCUGAUGAUGGCUGCGUGUUGGUUUUGGGGUUGGGCCCAACUCCAAGUGUAUACUUGGAUAAUGAUUACAUUGUUGGUCUUAAUAAGAAUAAAUCAACAGUUGCUUUAUCCACCCAGGGUUUGUUACUUGAGGAUGACUCAAUCCUAAAACUUGGCCUUUCUGGUGGGACUAAGGGAAGUAUAAGCCUGUUGGAAUGUCCUCUGUCAACAGAAACUGAUGUUAGUAUGCCUCACCAGGUUCUUGCAGAGGAUUGUAGACUUUCAAUUCCUGUUGUUGAUGAGGGUUCUACUUCGGCCAAGAAAUCUGGUGCUUAUAUGCCAGCACUCCUUUUUGCUUCGAAAAUGGAUAGUGGCAAAGGUUUGGUUCAUGCACAAGAACUUUUUCAGUUUGGGGAUAAAUCACUUCGUUAUCAAUUUCAUCAAAGUUGUGAGCCCUCUUCUCAGAGUGACUUCUCAGUAGACACGCUCUCUGAGCAAACCACCACUAUAACAUCCUCAGAUAAUCGAGCAAGCAAUUCGAAGAAAUGUAGGUUUGUUGGCUGUUCAAAAGGAGCAAGAGGGGCUACUGGUCUUUGUAUUGGUCAUGGGGGCGGACAAAGAUGCCAAAAACCAGGGUGUAACAAAGGUGCCGAGAGCCGCACCGCCUACUGUAAGGCUCAUGGUGGAGGGAGGAGGUGCCAACACUUGGGCUGCACUAGAAGUGCUGAUGGGAAGACAGAUUUUUGCAUAGCACAUGGUGGAGGCAGACGAUGUGGGUUUCCUAGGGGGUGCACAAAGGCUGCACGAGGUAAAACAGGGCUUUGCAUCAGACAUGGUGGGGGAAAGAGGUGUAAGGUGGAAGGUUGCACGCGCAGUGCAGAAGGACAAGCUGGUUUGUGCAUCUCUCAUGGUGGUGGACAUCGUUGCCAGUUCCAGGGAUGUACUAAGGGUGCUCAGGGAAGUACUAUGUUUUGCAAGGCUCAUGGUGGUGGAAAACGUUGUAUAUUUGCAGGGUGUACCAAAGGUGCUGAAGGGAGCACACCAUUAUGCAAAGGACACGGUGGGGGCAAACGUUGCCUCUACAAUGGAGGUGGCAUUUGUCCCAAGAGUGUGCAUGGAGGCACCAACUUUUGUGUUGCGCAUGGUGGUGGGAAGAGGUGUGCUGUGCCAGGCUGUACAAAGAGUGCACGAGGUCGUACUGAUUGUUGUGUCAAACAUGGUGGUGGAAAGCGAUGCAAGGUUGAGAAUUGUGGCAAGAGUGCCCAAGGAAGCACAGACUUCUGCAAGGCACAUGGCGGAGGUAAAAGAUGCUCCUGGCGGGAGAGCAAAUGUGAGAAAUUUGCAAGGGGCCGUAGUGGGCUAUGUGCUGCUCAUAGCAAUAUGGUACAAGAGCGACAGGCGAACAUGGGAGGGCUUAUCGCACCCGAAGUCUUCCAUGGGCUUGUAGCAGCAACAUCCACAAGAAGCAGUUGGAACAACAAUCAGUCAUCCUCCGGCACUAGUGUUAUUUCUGAUGGUAUUGAUUUCCUCGACAAACCAGCGAAAAGGCAACAACUAAUACCACCUCAGGUAUUGGUUCCUUUAUCUAUGAAAUCCUCAUCCUCUUACUCAAGUUUCUUGAGUGCUGAGAAGCAAGAGGAACGAAGAAAUGGGGACCGGAUGGACAUCGGUGGCGGUGUCAACAACAAGAGCUUUGACUUCAUAAUUCCGGAGGGUAGGGUCCAUGGUGGUGGUCUCAUGUCCUUGCUUGGUGGAAAUCUAAAGAACCCCUUUGAUGGAGUUUGAAGUCAAAUCAUGUAGAAAUCUAGUUUGGUUUUUUUAGGUUGUUUUUGUACCUUGAAAUUAUUCUUAAAAUUUGGUUGCCGUCAAAAGACUUGAUACACAUAUACACGGUUUGUGUUGAUUGAUGAAACCCAGCAUAGAACCAGUCAUGCAUGGAUGUUGUAAUCUGUUGUGUUCUAAUAACGUCGUAAAGUCAUGGACCGUUGGCUAUA